UACAGGAAAGAUUAUUUGUACAUAAAAGUUUUAUCAAGUUCCUUUCUAUUUCAAGUUGGGUGAAUUGCACGUGGUUCGGUCGCCAUUGUAUUGAGACAACACCGCAAUCAUGAGUUCGUUGAAAUUACAAAAGAGGCUUGCAGCCUCAGUAAUGCAAUGUGGUCGCAAGAAGGUUUGGUUAGAUCCAAAUGAAAUUAAUGAAAUUGCUAACACAAAUUCAAGACAAAAUAUUCGUAAAUUGAUUAAAGAUGGUUUAAUCAUCAAGAAACCAGUAGCUGUACACAGUCGCGCACGUGUUCGUAAAAAUACUGAAGCCAGACGUAAAGGACGUCAUUGUGGUUUUGGUAAAAGGAAGGGUACAGCAAAUGCUCGUAUGCCCCAAAAGGACUUAUGGGUACAACGUAUGCGUGUUUUAAGAAGAUUAUUAAAGAAAUAUCGUGAAGCAAAGAAAAUUGACCGACACUUAUACCAUGCUUUGUACAUGAAAGCAAAGGGUAAUGUAUUCAAAAACAAGCGUGUCUUAAUGGAAUACAUUCACAAAAAGAAGGCAGAAAAAGCCAGAAGUAAAAUGUUAAGUGAUCAAGCUGAAGCACGUCGAUUGAAAGUCAAAGAAGCACGUAAACGACGUGAAGAACGUAUUGCCACGAAAAAACAAGAACAAUUACAAACAUAUGCGCGUGAAGAUGAAGCAGCCAUUGCAAAAAAAUAAACUUUUAAACUGUAAUUAUAAACACACAUGAAAUUUAUAAUUUAUAGAACAUAAAUAAAUUUUUUAUUAUUUACAGUUUAA